UUUGUGCGGCAAUCCUUUGCUUAAUGUGAUCCUCAAACUACUAAAGCAUUUUGAUUUGUCUCCGUAUUUUACUUUCGGCGUGGAGUAGGGAGCCCUUUUUCUUCCUCAAUCUUCUCGGGUUUAUUGUUCUUCGGUAGGAAUCCUGUGAUCUAUGCUGAUUAGGAGACGAUUUUACUAGCAUAGAGAGGAGUAGAAGAACGAGCGCCGGAUCUAAGAAAAGAUGUCGUACGCCUAUCUUUUCAAGUACAUCGUAAUCGGAGAUACGGCUGUUGGAAAAUCAUGCCUCCUAUUGCAAUUUACCGACAAGAGAUUUCAACCUGUGCAUGACUUGACAAUUGGCGUUGAGUUUGGUGCUAGAAUGAUUACGGUAGAUAACAAGCCAAUAAAAUUACAAAUAUGGGACACGGCAGGCCAAGAAUCCUUCAGAUCUAUAACUAGAUCCUACUAUAGAGGUGCUGCUGGUGCUCUGCUGGUGUAUGAUAUUACCAGGCGGGAAACCUUCAAUCAUCUUGCAAGCUGGCUGGAAGAUGCAAGGCAACAUGCGAAUGCUAACAUGACAGUUAUGUUAAUUGGAAACAAAUGUGACCUUGAUCACAGAAGAGCUGUAAGCACUGAUGAAGGACAGCAGUUUGCCAAGGAGCAUGGACUGAUCUUUAUGGAAGCAUCAGCAAAAACGGCAAAAAAUGUUGAGGAGGCGUUCAUUAACACCGCAGCAACAAUAUACAAGAAAAUUCAGGAUGGGGUCUUUGAUGUCUCAAAUGAGUCAUUCGGCAUCAAAGUUGGAUACGGAGGAAUCCACGGUGCUGCAGGCGGGAAGGAAGGAUCCUCAUCCCAGGCUGGUAACUGCUGCAGUUGAGCACCUUCUGCAGAAGCUAUGAAUGGUAAACUGUAAUUUGCAUCUCCAUUUGACCUUCAAUGACCUUAAAGCUUAUUUUUUCAAACGUUGUGUACAUCUUUUGGAUUUCCAUCAAUCUCAUUUAUGUGUAGAUUUGUAUUUU